UGUCAAUUUAAAUAGGAGCGCAGCUGUCCCAAUUGUGUGUGAGGCAGGCAGUCGCCACGAUGACACUCCUCCACGCAGCGCAAACACUAGCACCAGCGCCUCUCUUCGAUUUUAAAAUCGGUUGGCCUCUGAACCGCCGCCGCUUCCUUCAUAAGGGGUUUGGCCUCCACCACCACCGCCGCCGCCACAGCGCUGCUCAUUUUUCCCGGCGGAGAACCGCUUCCGUGUCGGCGGUUCUGGAGGCGAAUGAAGCCAGUUGUUCGGCGACGGACCUGAACUCUCCUCCGGUGAGAAUAGUGGCUCUCGUCGGAGAUGGUAGCGUCAGCCCUCUGAAAUCCGCUACAUGGCUCGAAGUCAUGGUCCACACAGCGGAAAGAUUGAAAUGGGUUGAUGAAGCAUAUGAAAUGCUGGUGUUUACUGACAACCUCCUUGAAUGUAAUAGUCCGACAAUUGAAAAUUUGAAAAGGGAAUUAAGGCAUGCAAGUAUUUUGGUGAUUGUUGCUCUUGCAAACCAAGAAUCAGUCAAGUGGGUUCUGACCAACAGCCAAAACAUACCAAACAUAAUCUGCUUUGAUUCCUCUCCAACAUUAACUAACAAACUUGGAGGAUCAUUCAUUCAAACUGAAACUAAAGGAAACAUAUUCAGCAAAGUCGCUGAACUUUCUCGACCAAAAAAGGCAGAUGAAUCAAUUGAAGUAGUCCGAACUAUAUCUGAGGCUUGGGAGAGGCAUAAUUCUGAUGAUAUAAGGUUCUGUUUGUUAAUUAUAGUCAAUGCUUAUAUAAGGCCAGUUCCAAUCCUGCAGAACCUGAGGGCAAAGGGUUUCUCCACCUUGAACUGUAUGGUAAAGAAUUGUGGGUCGCAGAUACUGAACUGUCUCUUGGAUCCUAACUGUAGGAAAGCUCUCCAAUGCUUGAAUCAGUGCAGUCCAGUAGAUCAGGUUUGUAAUUAUCGAUGUAUUGCUUCAUACGAAAGUCCAAACCUAGAAGAGUUUUCUCUCUGUGUAUUGCAGAAGAACAAUUGUCUUGAAUUGGAUGCAAAAAUCCCUUCAGAACCUUGCGUGCCUCCAAUGGUCAAGUUUCGAGGGGAGGACUUGUGUCAUGAAACUGCAGAGGAUCUUUUUGUGGGUUGGUUGGGUAGUUUGGAGUGGAGUUGGCGUGUUGUUGCAGGGCAGAACCCAGCUUAUGAUCACUUUCCAUGCCAGUACCAGCUAUUUUAUAGGGGAAAGGCAAGAGGGUCGUUUUGGUAUGAGCCAGUUUUUCAGGUUAGAACACUAGAGGGGAAGUUGGUUUGGAGGAGGCGAAAAUAUCGAGUCAAGCGAGGCAAAAUUCCGGGGACAUUUUACUUCAGUGUAUUGGAUAAUGGGGUGGUUUCGAAUGAGUUUUGGACAAUUGUGGAUGUUUCCAAUGAUCUUAGCUGGGGUUUGUUUCAUUACCAUGGAGCUGCUAGGGUUGCAGGACAGUCUUACACUGGGGCAGUGCUUGCUAGCCCAAAUGGGGAGUACCCAAAUGAGAGGGAGAGCCUGAGGUUAGGUUCUGCAUUGGACAGAUGUGGUAUCAAAGAGUGGGAGUUAUUUAACGUUGAUAAUUGCUCGUGUAAAGAUCCGCCAUUGGGGCUGCCCAAGGGGUCAAGUUUGCAUUAUAAGAUUGAAGUCGAAGAUCGAGAAUGGUCCCCUGUUUAGGGUUGGUAAAUCAGUGGAUUAGUCUGAUUGUGCACAAAGUUUGGGCAAGUAGAGAGGCGAUUUGGGGCGACAGAUAUGUUGGUCUGAACUAUAUAGUAUGAACAGCUGAAUUGUGACGCCAAUGUUCGGGUAUAUCAUGUGAAAAGUCUAGUGCCUGGUGUUUUACUAGAGGCUCAACUUUCUGUAUUAUGAACAACAAUUUAGAUUUGCUUUCACUGCUGCUGCUGCUGCUGCUGCAUUGUCAAAACUUCUUUUACACAACAUACAAAAACGAAUGUUAUGUAUUUUAGUAGGACUUUUAAGGCCAUGUGGUAAGCGUUAAUCAUAAAUAUAAUGUGAAAUUUAUGUACGAGUUGCUGGGUAUGGACUGGGAAUAAUGCAGGAUGAUAGCUCUGUUGUUAGCAGGUCUAAGAAUUUACAGAGGAUGAAAGUGAAACAUGGUUGCACUCUUGUUUCCUCC